UUAGAAGCUUGAACUCCUUGUCAUGGAGAUCCUUAGCUCUCUGAAUGGCGGCAGUGGAUGCUCAAAAUCCUCUUCUUGGAGAUACUACUUGUGGUUCUCUACUGCAACAAGUGCAGCGAAUUUGGGAUGAGGUUGGUGAAUGUGAUGAAGAACGGGACAAGAUGCUUCUUCAGUUAGAGCUGGAGUGUUUGGAUGUGUACAAGAGGAAGGUGGAUCAGGCUGCAAAGUCAAGGGCACGACUUCUUAAGGGCUUGGCAGAUGCCAACGUUGAACUCUCGAGUCUUCUAUCUGCUCUCGGAGAGAAAAGUUUCGUUGGAAUUCCUGAGAAGAGUACAGGAACGAUCAAUGAACAACUUACUGCUAUUGCACCAGUUCUAGAACAGCUGUGGAAACAGAAAGAGGAGAGGAUUAAAGAGUUUUUCGAUGUACAAUCACAGAUACAAAAGAUAUGUGGAGAAAUUGCUGGGACUUAUGAGCAGGUGGGGAGUCAUGUAGUUGAUGAGGCUGACCUAUCCCUGAAGAAGUUGGAUGAGUUUCAGUCUCGGCUCCAAGGUGGGGAGUGGGGCAUUACAAAAUGGUAUCAAAGCGUAGGGAUUAGGUCUUACAUGGGAUCUGUUGGGUGGUGA